AACAGGGCGUUUCCGCGCUGAAGGGGACGCGGCCCGUCUGGUUCCUGUCUCGGUCAUAUGUCGGGGCUCCUGGUGCUCGCAGCGGCGGUUCCACAGACAGAGUUCAGAGUUCGAGCAGCGCGUUGUCCGGGUCAGCUGAAGCCCCCCAGCAGCGGAGAGGAUGCCGGCGGUGUCUAAAGGGGACGGGAUGCGCGGACUGGCCGUGUUCAUCUCCGACAUCAGGAACUGUAAAAGUAAAGAGGCCGAGAUAAAGAGGAUAAACAAGGAGCUGGCAAACAUCCGCUCCAAAUUUAAAGGAGACAAGGCGUUGGAUGGCUACAGUAAAAAGAAGUAUGUCUGCAAGCUGCUCUUCAUCUUCCUUCUGGGCCAUGACAUCGACUUCGGGCACAUGGAGGCCGUCAACCUCCUGAGCUCCAACAAGUACACGGAGAAGCAGAUCGGUUACCUCUUCAUCUCAGUGCUGGUCAACUCCAACAGCGACCUGAUCCGCCUCAUCAACAACGGCAUCAAAAACGACCUCGCCAGCCGCAACCCCACCUUCAUGAACCUGGCCCUGCACUGCAUCGCCAACGUGGGCAGCAGAGAGAUGGCGGAGGCGUUCGCCUCGGAGAUUCCCAGAGUCUUAGUGGCCAGGGACACGAUGGACAGCGUGAAGCAGAGCGCAGCUCUUUGUCUGUUACGGCUCAACAGGACGUCGCCCGACCUCGUGCCCAUGGGCGAAUGGACCGCACGGGUCGUCCAUCUGCUGAACGAUCAGCACCUGGGCGUGGUGACAGCAGCCACCAGCCUCAUCACCACUCUGGCCCAGAAGAAUCCGGAUGACUUUAAGACCUCCGUGUCACUGGCGGUGGCCCGGCUCAGCAGGAUCGUGACGUCGGCGUCCAUCGACCUGCAGGACUACACGUACUACUUUGUGGCUGCCCCGUGGCUGUCCGUCAAACUGCUGCGCCUGCUGCAGUGCUACCCUCCUCCAGAGGACGCCGCGCUGAGAAGUCGUCUCACCGAGUGUUUAGAGACCAUCCUCAAUAAAGCCCAGGAACCUCCGAAGUCCAAGAAGGUCCAACACUCCAACGCCAAGAACGCCGUUCUGUUUGAAGCCAUCGCCCUCAUCAUCCACCAUGACAGCGAGCCCACCCUGUUGGUACGAGCCUGUAACCAGCUGGGCCAGUUCCUCCAGCACAGAGAAACCAACCUCCGUUACCUGGCGUUGGAGAGCAUGUGCACGCUGGCCAGCUCCGAAUUUUCCCACGAGGCCGUGAAGACACACAUGGAGACUGUGAUCAACGCUCUGAAGACAGAGAGAGAUGUGAGUGUUCGCCAGCGCGCCGUGGAUCUGCUCUACGCCAUGUGCGACCGCAGCAACGCCAAGCAGAUCGUGGCAGAGAUGCUGAGCUACCUGGAGACCGCCGACUACUCCAUCAGAGAGGAGAUAGUGCUCAAAGUGGCCAUCCUGGCAGAGAAGUACGCCGUGGACUACACCUGGUACGUGGACACCAUCCUGAACCUGAUCCGCAUCGCUGGGGACUACGUCAGCGAGGAGGUCUGGUACCGCGUCAUCCAGAUCGUCAUAAACCGAGACGAUGUCCAAGGUUACGCCGCCAAGACCGUGUUUGAGGCGCUGCAAGCCCCCGCCUGCCACGAGAACCUGGUGAAGGUGGGCGGGUACAUCCUGGGGGAGUUCGGUAACCUGAUUGCUGGUGACUCGCGCUCCAGCCCUCUGGUCCAGUUCAAUCUCCUUCACUCCAAGUUCCACCUGUGCUCUGUGCCGACUCGGGCGCUGCUGCUGUCGGCGUACAUCAAGUUCAUCAACUUGUUUCCAGAAGUGAAAGCCACCAUCCAGGACGUCCUGCGCUCCGACAGCCAGCUGCGCAACGCAGACGUGGAGCUUCAGCAGAGAGCCGUCGAGUACCUGAGGCUCAGCUGCAUCGCCAGCACCGACAUCCUGGCCACCGUCCUGGAGGAAAUGCCGCCGUUCCCGGAAAGGGAGUCCUCCAUUCUGGCCAAGCUGAAGAAGAAGAAAGGACCCGGAAAACUGCCAGACAUGGACGAUAGUCGCCGCAGCGUCAACGGCAGCACGGAGCACAGCGAGAACACAGACACCACGAACAAGAGCUCCACCCACUCUUUUACGGAUGUCCUGAAUCUAAACUCCGCCCCCUCAUCAGGAGCCAAUCUGCUCAUCGACGUGUUUUCCGAGAGCUCCGCCCCUCCUGCAGCCACAGACGUAUCGGAGGAGAACUUCCCCAGGUUUGUUUGUAAGAACAACGGCGUGAUCUACGAGAACCAGCUGUUACAGAUCGGGCUGAAGUCUGAGUACCGGCAGAACCUCGGUCGCAUGUAUGUGUUCUAUGGAAACAAGACGUCCACCCAGUUCCUCAGCUUCUCCUCCUCAGUGAGCAGCAGCGACGCACUCAAGUCUCAGCUGAACGUCCACUCGAAGGCGGUCGACCCCGUGAUAGAGGGCGGAGCUCAGAUGCAGCAGAUCCUGAACAUCGAGUGUGUGUCAGACUUCAGCGAUGCGCCGGUGCUCAACAUCCAGUUCAGGUAUGGUGGGGCCCUGCAGAACAUCGCUGUGAAGCUCCCCGUGAUGCUCAACAAGUUCUUCCAGCCCACAGAGAUGAUGUCGCAGGACUUCUUCCAGCGCUGGAAGCAGCUCGGAGCUCCUCAGCAGGAGGUCCAGAAAAUCUUCAAAGCCAAACACCCGAUGGACACCGAGGUCGCCAAGGCCAAGCUCCGGACCAGCAGGGACUCGGUGUCUCAGAGACUCUGCGAGCUGCUCUCAGAGCAGUUUUAGACUCGCCGCCUCUCACACCUCAGCUCCUGUACAGUGUAAAGUCUUUUUUAUUUUUCUUGCUUUACAUCUGAAUGAAUCCAAAUGUAUUUUUGCACACAGCUUUACUAAUCACACUGCUUUAAUCGUCCCUCACUGUGAGCGCCUCGCUGCAGGUCCUGACUCUGCCGCCUUUCCCUUUAGAGAACAAUCCCACCAAUCGCACACCUUCAAACCAGAAUCGCUCGAUCAGAGGUCGGCGUCGUUUACCUCGGGAGGAAAAGCCGCAGCUUUUCUGUCUUUGGUGUAACAACGACUUCAGAUGCUUGGGGCGGUUCUGCUUUUGCACAUAAAUUUUACACGAUAAUUCAGCAAAGACAAAAAGUCCUCGUAGAACACUAGCUAGGAUCUUCUUAUUGUGCUGGAGGUCAUGAGGUCAUGGGAGCGCGUCUGUUCUUCUUGUGCACCUCUGAACCGGUUGGCUCGCUUUCAGACACCAAACGGGAAUGCUGCUCCUCCAGCCACGGAUCCAAGCUUCCCGUUUGGAGCGGGACUUCCAGGGAGCCAUCUAGGAAUCUGCAGCAGGUGCAGAGGUGAACAAGGAGACGGCUUUGUAGGUUUGAAGGGGACGCGGCCCAAAAGUCAUUAUGAGUUAAAGGUGGCCUUUGACCUCGCCUCGUUCUUACCUCCAGACGGUCGAGUCUGUGAACGUUUGUUACUGAGAACAUAAAGGCCUUACAAAGAGCCUCAAUCACUGCCUCACACACUACGUUUGCCUUAAAGCACCGCUGCACUCUUCACAUUUCUGUCGCUGUUUGCUGAAUCUCCUGCGUUUGUGUGACGUGUCCUCAUCCUGAUCUGCGACGGCACACGUGACGAGUACAGAGCGAGCGUCCACGCGUGGGCUUCAGCCUCACAGACGUCGAUGUGACAGAAAAAAAACACUGUUUGCGGUGUUUACGCCUCACGCGGCGCCGUCACCGUUUCGGCUUCAGGUUCACGAAAAAGUCUCCAUCGUUUUAAAGGAGACCGUCAGACGCCUCACCUGCAGUGCCUUCAAGGUGAACUCUGUUCAGCCUCUUUUACACCUGUGCCUUCAUCGGCUGCUGACCCCGCAGCUCGCCCCCUGCUGUCAGCACACAGUGAGCCAGGUACUCUGAUUACUGAAGCUCAGCUUUGUCUCUGCUGACGCAUCAGCCUUUGUGCUAAACAUUAGAGAUGUUGGAGGAACGUCCUGUACGCGGCAGGAAGCAGCUUGUUGAGCCAGCAGGUGAAGCCUGGCCUCUCCCGGCUGCAGUUUGGCACACGUGAGUUUGAGCUUUCAGGAGGCGAUGAAACGAUGUCUGAGCGUUGGUCGGCCCAGCAGGAAGCUCUCAGCGUUCUUCCUCGUUACUGCCCAUAGAGAAGUGUUCAAUGCCACGGGCUCAGUCGUCACGGCUUCACCUCAGAGCGAGGAAACUUUAAGGUCUGACCUCACGCUGUGGCUUCCAGCUCUCGCCGUCGUAGCUGGACGUCCUCUCAGUUUCUGUCCUGAAGCUAAUCUGUAGACGAAGUUUUGCGACCCGUUGAAGCUCCGUGUGGCGGCUCAGGCCGAAGCAGCCGCUCGUCGCGUUUCCUGAACUUUACGUCUUUAAAAUCCGUCGUCGCUCCUGACGGACGCUCGCGCUCAGUCACGUGCGCCUCGCUGAAGGAUCGCACGCCAUCGAAGCAGAAGAAACGGCUGCUGAUGUCACUGUGAUGUCAUUUCAACAUCCAAAUGUGUUUUUACAAAUAAACAUAUUUUACAAACUAA